GAGAAAAAGAAAGUAUCCGUGUCUGAUUGUGCAGACAAAAGUGUGUGAUUGUAUUUGUGCCAGCCUUGUUUGUAGGCCUGUCAGAGUGUGUGUGUGCUGACAAAGGCUCCAUCCAGCCAUACUGCAGAGGGCUGCUUGUUCCCAGAGACCCUCAGAGCUCCAGGGCGCCCAGUCUCUCUGCUGCCUGAAGCCCAGACACAGCGGCACCAACACAGACGCAGACCCUCGCCCUGCUCCUCGAGCUCCAACACCUGUUGAGGUUAAUAACGAAUGGGAAAAACAGAGUCCACCUUUAAAGGGGCAAACUUGGAGUACUGGGAGUUUGAAGAGACGAGCCUGAGAAGACAAGAGAGGAUGUUCAUCCUGCCUGGACUACAAACCUAUUAAAAAUCUAGUGGACGUCAUAACAAAUAGUGUUUUAUCAUUAUUUGUAAAGUUUCAGAUGUUUGGUCGAUUUCUGGUAACAAAAAUCUGCCAACUUUGAGGUAAUUCUACCUAAAUUUCUUGGAAUUCUCAGUUUUACCAAACAGAUUAUCGUCUUUUUGUCACUUCCCAGCAACUCGGAGUUACAGCGGCCUCCUACUGAACAGUUGCUUGGCCAACUUUAAACUGAUCAUUUUGUCCUGAGUACCGGAACUUCUUGGAGACACUACUGGAUUUUUAUUAGAGUUGUGCACGAAUUCUACACUGUUGUUCUGUUGUCAAGUCCUUUAAAGGUCAGAAACAACCAAUCUUGAACAAAUCUGGUUUGAAUCUAUUUGGUUUAAGUGAAUCUUUCACACUUACGUUCAGUACCAUGGCCCUGUAUGUCGGUUUGUGGUUGUGUCUGUACUUGCCGCUGCUGAUUACAAAUGCAAAGAGCAUCAAGCAACAUGAUGGGCAACACGACCGCACCCAUAAACUCCCCUCCCAUGUUAAAUUGGAGCCCACCUGGACACUCAAGCAGCUCAAAAUUCAGGACAAACCCUACGCCCCAGACCAGAGCCUCACCUUCCCCGAAAUGCUUGAUCUAGAGGGAGACCAGCACCGUCGGCUGGCCCGCAGCACCGACGAGGAAGAACAACAGUCAACCUUCAGCCAGUACUUCGAGUACGACUCAGUGACGGUGCCCCAGGCCACAGAGUUUGGCAACGUGACCAAACUAACAAUGGGGGAUGGUGGUAAUGAUGAUAUCCAUCUCCAUAGAAACACCUCCAAGUCCAACCAUGAUGCCCCUGGUCUCUUUAACCCAUUCUACCCACUGGCAGAGAGCUCGUACGCAGCCUACACCAUCCUGUUCCUGGCUGGUCUGGUGCUGGCAGUAGGCGUGGUGGCAAACAUGGCGGUGAUGUGCAUUGUCUGGAACAACUACUACAUGCGGUCCACCUGGAACUAUCUACUGGCCAGCAUAGCAUUCUGGGACUUCUUGGUCCUGGUGCUCUGCCUUCCUGUGGUGGUCCUCAACCAGCUCUCCCAUAGGAGGAUCCUAGGGGACAUCACCUGCCGCACGGUGCCUUAUAUGGAGGUCGUGUCUCUGGGCAUCACCUCCUUCACCCUGUGUGUUCUGGGCAGCGAUCGUUUCCACGCUGCUACCUCUUCCUCCCAGCCGAAGGCUCGACAGGUGGAGCGCUGCUGCACGGUGCUGCUGAAGCUGUUGUUGGUGUGGCUCGCCGCUCUGCUGCUGUCCAGCCCUGAAAUCUUCCUGUGGCAGCCCAGCAAGGCUGUGUCCUCGUCCACUGGCUGGCUGGUCGACUCCUGCACCAUCACCCCCUCCUCUUCUCUGUCCCUCUACCUGCCCGACUCCCUCCAUUCACUGCUGCUCAGGUAUCACCAGGGUCGUAUGUGGUGGUGUUUCGGCUGCUACUUCUGCCUCCCCAUCCUCUUCACCAUCCUCUGCCAGAUGGCCACCCGCAACGUCAACAGCGACUCCAGCUCUGCUCAAAAGCAGCGUAACCAUGACGACUGCUCCUCCAAUCAGAAGCGUCAGCAGCACCAGGCGGUGGAGCGGCAGAUGAAUUGCACACUGUUAGCGUUAGCCAUUGUGUACGGCGUCUGCGCGCUGCCUGAACACGUCUGCAACAUCACACUGGCAUACACGCAUAUCACUGUCUCAGAGGACACGGCCUCCACGCUGGCGCUGUUACAUCACUUCCUGUUGUUCCUAAAGUCAUCAGUGACACCGGUGCUACUGCUCUUUCUGUGUAAGACUCUCAGCCAGGCCUUUAUGGACUGCUGCUGCUGCUGCUGCCAGGAAUGUCAGUCAGUCACGUCUCAAGGCUCCCCAGGCUCCGACCAGAUCAAACUGAAGCCUGCCAAUGAGACAUCCAUCUUCUUCGACAAGGCUAAAGACACGUCGGCCAUCUUGUCUAUCUCCAGCUAGAGCCUCUUUCCAUUAUCAUCCAUUAUUUCCUCCUUGAUAAAUCAAACCAUCUCUUCCAUCCUACAUGAAGUUGUUUGCCUCUGCUCCUACCACUGCUUGCUUUGAACCCAUUUCCUCCUCCUUUUCCCUCCUCUCCUUCUGCUUAUUCUUUUCUACAUCACACCAGGGAGGGCACUUGUCUUUCCACAUAAUUCCUUCUGUCCUCUCCCCCUCUUCCCCUACUACCAUUUGUAUGGUAUUCUUCUGUGGACACAUUGUUACCCUCCAGCUUCCUCUCGGUGCAGGAAGUGAGGUUUAAUCUGUAGUGAGGUUAGAAACGUUGCUGUACUCGCACAGCCAGCUGCUGCAGAAGCAGGAGCCUGUUUCUGGACUCUCCCGAUGGACUCUUCCCUCCAGCUUCUUACCAUAAUGUUCGUGAACUACUGUACUGUGGAAAAAAGACCAAUGUAGAUUUUUUUUUGUUACACUUAAGAUGGAUGCCAAAUUUUAAGUUAGGGCAGCAGUUGAUAUGCACCUGUUGGAAAACCUACCACAGGGUUACUGUUGUCAUCUGACUGUGCUCGAACAGAAGUGAAUCGAUGUAGAGUUGGGUGCAAGUUUGUAAUCAAAUAAUCAAAACGAUGCAUUGGACUGGGUUUAGACAAAACUCUUUAAAUAUGUCAAACAACUCUUCUUAAGAUUUUAUAAAAUUUGUUUGAAAUCAUUCAUUUGGACAAUUUGGUAAAAAUGUUAACGCUAUAUUUUCUUAUCAGAUUCAACAAGCUUUAUUGGCAUGAAUGUUAACUCCACAUUGUUGCCAAAGCUAUAUCAUGUUGUGCUGAGUAUGAUUAUAUAAAUUGGCUUUCAUCCGCUGAUUACCCAGUGCUAAAUGAACAUUUCUUGGAGAAACUGUUGCAUCGAGGCAGAAAAAAGUCCCACUGGCUGAGCUAAGCCUCAGUGAGGACAAGUAACGUAACUAUUCAAGUCCACUGGCUGAGAAGAGUGUACAGCUGUUGUAUAGUUAAACAUCUGACUUGUUUUAGACCCACAGUGGUAUAGUUCAGGAAAUGACGUCAUUAAGUAUGCUGAAUUAUCUAUUAACAGGUCAUCUUUGCUCUGUACUGUUGGAUGUACUGACACCUAUCACUGAAUUACUUUAACAAUGAAGUAAACUUAAAAACCUGGUGAUUCUGUUCCAGGUCCUGCGCCGGUAGUUUAUCAUAUCUUAUCUUGUUAUUAUGAGAUAAGUGUUCCAGUUUUUUUCUUUUGUGAAUGCACUGUCCUUCUGCAUCCUUUGUCUCCCAGGCACUUUGGUCCAGGACAAGCGAUACUAAAAAUCAACUGCAUUUCCAGGAAAUUAGAAAUGGAUCAUUAUCCCCAGAAGCAGUCCUUCCACUUUGGUUAUGAACUCUGUCGUAGCACCAUCUUAAGGGCUCAGUCAGACUGGAUUUCAUCUCCAAAGGUUGACUUUAGUUGCAGUGUGCACCAAGAACAACAGGCGUACACUGACUGGAGCUAGCAGUACUACAAAGGCCACAUAGUUGUAAAUGAAACAGCUUUGUUCGCUCCUCGCUCCUCUACUGGCUGGAAUAUUUCACUGUGCAGUUCUAAUACAUAAACAUGCAAAUAACAAUAUUUCCUCACAAUGGCUGGACACCCGAGGCCAUCGCAAUCCUGCAUUUAAGAGUUCCCUCUGAUUAAAUUUUGUGAAGUGAAAGAGCUGAGUCAGUCUGCAGCCAGAAACCAGUACGUACUGAUCAAACAGUGCCUGCACCAGUCAUUUAAAAAGAUCAUUAAUAACAAAAUUUGCCAAUUUCUUUCCUGGUCUCUAAACUUUUAGAGUUUAAUGACCCAGUGCGACCCAGCACGUUGAUUCAGUUUAUUCUUGUGAAAAGUUUCAUACUGCGGCUGUGACAAAUGCUGCAGCCUCUAGGGGACGAGUGGGGCUUUAGACUGAGUGUGAAAGGUUGGCUAAGGUUUGUAAGGCUAAACUGAAUUUCUUUUGUUUAUUAGCAAAACUGCUACACAUGGCAAUACUAAUGUUUUAGCUAGUAACUAAAAAUAGGCUCUGCUGCUCCUCCUUAUGAUUAAAUCAUAUCAUUUCUGCCUCCAAAGCAGCUUUUGCUUCAAGAAACCACAAGCGGGAGAAUUUGAUCGCAGUGCAGCUGAAACAUGAAUGAGAGGAUAAAUCAUGGCUUUGUUGAAUUGGUUUAAAAGUCUUUUGUAUGUUUUGUGUUUCUGAGGAGGAUGUGGUGCUUAAUGCAGCUACAGAUCCAGACGUGGGGAAGGGAGGAGAUCUACAGAGUAACAGGACUUGAAUCCUCUCACUUUUGGUCUUUUUGUACAGGAAAUUAAAUUGUGUAGGAAGCUGUGUAUUAAUGGCUGUAGCGUUUUCACUCUGACUGUAAAGUAAGUAGAACAAAUGAGGAGGCAGAAGAUAUGAAUGUAGCUUCCUUUAAUGCUAGAUGUUUGAUUAAGUGGAUCUUUAUAUGAAGUGAGAUAGUCACUUUCUAUGUCACAAUGUCUUUGCCUUUUUAGUAUCAAGUGUCACAGCAUUAAAUUCAUGGUGUUAGAACAGGAAUCAGAGCCAACUGUGCCUUAGUGCCUCCUCAACCCCCAGUCAGAUUAACUGCUCUCACACCGAGCCUCUCAUUCAAACUGCGAGUCACCGGGUCGUCAAGCUGAACUGACAGAGAGGUAACUUUUUAUCAGAGCUACUAAUCAAACAUGGGAAAAAUUGAAUAUUAGCUCUGAUCUGAGGACAAAAGAAGAGUGUUCACUGUGUCACACUGGAUAAAUGCUGGAAGCCUUCAGGUGCUCCUCCAGAUUAAGAAACAUGUUCUUAUCUUCACCACGUUCAGAGCAAAAGUAAAAACAUACUAAAGCCUUUAUUUAGUCGGGCAGUGUAAACACUGCAGCUCAGUGGGUUUUUGUCAGGGUGGAAACACUAAAACCAGAUUAGGCUGAACCAGUUUUAACUACCAGACUAAAUAAAGGCUUGUAAUACGUCUUUACUGCUUGUUCUGCCUGAACGUUUAGUAGAAAUUAAACUCAGUGUAAACAUGGGGUAAACUCAAGAGGAAUGACUGCCCAUCUGCUCACCAAACAGGGCUGCCGUGGUUCCCUUUGCUAACUCAAAAUGGAGGAGAUCUAGCAUAUAACCACAGCACCAAACCACCUGAGAUGUAACAGAAGCCUGUCAAACUAUUUCUUGGUUAAGAAAAAUGAGGUCAAAGUGUGAAGUGAGGCCAUGGAGCCGCCGUGCACAAACAGAAAGUCAGUUAGGAUUACAUGUUGCUGUGCACAACCCCUGUCCAGAGACCAGCAGUGAAUGUGGUGUCCUCACCGUGAUGUGUGUGAGUCCAGACCCUGGUCCAGCUUAUCACUCUGGGCUGUAGACCUCCAUCGCUGUCCUCCAGCUACUAAACCCAGCCCACAUAUUCUAUAUGUAUGUACAUGUCAACUGUCAUGGAGAAGUCUCAGUCUACUGGUUUACGUUUGACGUACAGCGCCAUGAGAGACUGUGAAUACAGCUGCGGCCCUGUUUGUGGCCCCGUCUGCAGUCAGGCCCGUCACAUGCUGUUUGGUCUGAGACAACUGUUUUCUUAACAGUAACUGGACAAAAGAAAUGAGAUGUACUAACAGCUGACGCCCCGCUCAUUACUGUAAAUGUGAACAAAGUGGACAUCAGGUGCCAGCUUUUAUAAUAAAGGGACAGUCCGUGCAAAACAAAUUAACUUUAAUGUCUGUCUCAUAGUUUCCUGUUAAAGUCUGUUAAGUGUUGUGUCUCUCUGGGUCGUUGUUAACUUGUAACCAAGGCAUAAACCAAUCAGUUGGAUGUAGAGUCGGUAAUUUAUAAAUAAAUGUGUGUGUUUUAAGUG